AUGCAGUCCGGGGUAGCAAAUAUACCAGUUAACUAUCAAUACWUUAAAGAAGAUCCUGAAUCGUGGGAAUCUUACAAGSAGAGGUUAAAGUGCAACAAGAACGUUAGUAUAAUUGAUUGUUUAAAGUCCGUCAAACCAAGUGUCUUCAACAAUGUAAAACCACCGCGUUGGUUUAUUASACCUGUUGUUGAUGGAGAAUACAUCCCAGAUUCUCCACAUACCUUGCUUGACAAAGGAAACUUCACAAACCCCGAAAGUACUAUGAUAGGCGUGGCCAGCGAUGAUGGAUCGCAACUAUUGAAUUCUUCAAUCAACAUUCGAGGUGACAGCAUAACUAGAAAGUACUUUCUUCAAUUUAUGAAAGACUGGGCUCCUCAUUUUAACCACUUGGCUAGUUCUAAACGCUUCCUCCCAUUGUACAAGAGCGCUGUUAUUCAAGAAUACACUCCGUGGUCCAAUCUUAACAAAACACAUCAAAACCGACGCAAGAUUCUUGACUUUUUGACGGACACCAUGUUUAUCGCUCCAUCAAUUUACCACGCGAAUGCAUUUGUAAAAAACGGUGCAAAAGUGUUUUUCUAUCAAGUGGACCAUGGUAUUGACAUGUCGGAUGGCUAUUUUACGCAUCCAUCGUUCUUAAAGGGUUAUCAUGAAUCAGAGAGGUUUAUGGUGUUUGGAUUUCCAUUGAAAGCCUCACAUCCCCCACCAGCCGAUGUUGCAAUAUCCAAAAAAGUCAUAGAAAUGUGGUCAAACUUUGCAAAAACUGGAAAUCCUUACCCGUAUGAUACACAGAGUGAAGAGUCCUGGCCUGAAUAUGAUCUAAACUCGAAAAAAUAUUUGUCAAUUGAACCCAAUUUGAAAGUAAAAAGCAAUCUGCGACCUCGUCAAGUGGAAUUUUGGAAUAAUUUUCUCCCUUUUUUGAAUAAGACCGCCUACGAAUCAUGUGUUACCAACUUUACCAAGUCUAACAUCAGCGAUUCUGACAGCGGUUUUGGCGACGAGUUCGAAAGCGGGUCUUGGGGAGAGAUGGUUGGUGAGGACGUCGAGGAGGAUUCUGGUUACAGUCGCAUGAAGUCUAUUCCUUUCCUAGGUCUAUUCUAAGGGAUCUUGUCAGCAUAAAUCAAAAAAUAAAAUCUUAAUGACAAA